UUAAACAACAUAAAAGCAGCCAGAGGGAUCACAUCUGUCAGACUUUAGAUGACUGAGCGAUCUUGAAUCAACUUGGAAGAUGAAUUUCGCCAUUUUAUUGAUUGUUUUGCUGUUCAGCGACUUGAUUUUGGCUCAAGAUGUUGGUAAUGCUGCUGAAACAAAAAAACCAAACUCUCUUCUGAGAGAGUUUGGUGCAAUGAAAGAAACACUCAGAGCUCUGGAAACCAGGCUGAACGACAGUGAAACCAGGCUGAAAGACAGUGAAACCAGACUGAAGGACAGUGAAACCAGACUGACAGACAGUGAAACCAGGCUGACAGACAGUGAAACCAGGCAGAAGGACAGUGAAACCAGACUGAGGGACAGUGCAACCAGGCUGACAGACAGUGAAACCAGGCUGAGGAACAGUGAAACCCAGAUCCUGGAACUGAGGAGCAAAGAAAGUACCAAGGUGAUUUUCAGUGCAGCAACAGGAGGAGGAAAUAACCACAUCGGACCGUUCAACACAGACACAACUUUAAUCUACAGAACAGUGAUAACAAACAUUGGGAAUGCCUACAGUCCAUCCACAGGUAUCUUCGUUGCACCUGUUGCAGGUGUUUAUUACUUCACCAUCUUCUAUUGUGCUUAUGGAACAAAUCGGGCAAAUCUGAGUCUGUUCAAGAACAAUAAACUGAUAAUCUGGACCGGUGAUGGCAAGUCAACAUCUGACCCAGUUGAUAAUGGAGGAAACGCAGUGUUCCUGCAUCUGCAGCGUGGAGACCAGGUGUAUGUGCGCAUGAAAGCAGAUACAUGGGUUUGGGGAGCUGACCAGCAUACAACCUUCAGUGGUUUUCUAGUCACUCAAAUGUGAUGAUCUAUACACUGUAUAUCUGUUCAUUCCUGCUUGAAUAUGGAUGUAAAAGUCUCAGAUCACUACAGUAAAUAAUGUUAAAAUGUGAUGAAUCAGA